AUGGUAGAUACUGACGGCACAUUAGUGUCUGAAUACAAAAAAACAUUCGGUCGAAAUAUUCAUCAUGCCACUAGUGAUGACCAAAUUCGUAUGCGCACCGAUCAAUCUUUGUACGAUGAACUCGAGCAACGUGAUUUACUAAAACGUUCUCGAAUUUUUUCUGGCUUCGGCAUACAUUUAGUUCAAGAUGGUGAACUUGGUCUAGCCAUGUUUAAUUCAACUCCAAAAUUUCUUGCACCUGGUCGACAUACAUUUCUUUCUCCGUUCAAUCAUUUCCUUGGAACGGUUGAGAUUUCCAGUAAACUAAUCGCACUUGGCAAUAUACAAAUUGUAACAGUUUAUCAAGAUGAGAUUGGCCUAAGCCUUCGAAAUGGAGAAACCAUUCUGCUUGAUCCAGGCCGAUAUAUUUUGACAGCACCACACAUUUUCGAAAGGAGUACUCCAGCAAAUGCUCAGUAUAUUGAAUUGGAAGAUACUGAAUCAGGUCCAUUCGAGACUAAUUCACCCACAUUUCUUUUUGACAAAAACAAUGGAUUUCAAUCUGUUCAACUUCAAGUGCGAGAACUCGACGAACUAAAAGUUAAUACACGAGAUGGAGUUACAAUCACAGCUAAAGGUCUGAUUACAUAUCGUAUUCAUGAUCCAAGAGCAGCAUUUAUGACUGUACAAGAUAUUCAUGGAGCAGUAAAACGAGCAGCUGAAGCUACUCUCACUUCGCUUUUUCUCAAUGCGGCUAUCGAUGAAAUAGCUCCACCUGUACCACAAAAAGUAAACGACGAUCUUAUUCAAAUGAAACAUGACGAUGGAACUGAAAAUUUUAAUCAGCACAUUCGUGAUGCAUUUCUUCAUGAUUUUUCUCACAAAGUUAACAAAUGGGGUAUUGAAUUACAAGAUCUGAACAUUGAAAAGCUUGAAUUUGAUAAUAGUGUAAAAGAUCUACUAAGAAAACGUGCUCAAGCGCGUGUUGAAACAGCAACAAGUUUAGCUAAUAUGCGUUCUCAAACUAAUAUUGCUAUGCAGCAGGCUGAACGAGAAAAGAAGCAAGCACAAAUUCAAGCCGAAACCAACGCAUUCGUUAUUCGGACCAAAGCUGAUGCUGAUUUCUAUGCAGCUAAGCAACAUGCUGAGGCCGCUAAAUUAUUGCAAGAAGUACCAUUGUCAAGUCAACUUGAAUUGAAACGUCUUGAUGUUGAAAUGGUUAAAGCAACAGGUGAUCGAACAACAUUUAUGCCAAUGAACAUGCGUAUCGGUGAUAUAGGAAUGACAGACAAAGAAAGUGGAAAAAUGUAUUUUGCAUCAACCAGUGUCAGUCAACUAUGA